AGUGUUAGUUAAGCCAGACAGCAUUAGUGGAAACAGGUAAAAACAAGGACAUAAAGACACAACCAAGAGAAAAUAUUAUGGCAACAUUUUCUUUACUUUCCAGUGAAGCACAUCAUACAGUUAAUUUUUCGGUGAAUUCGUUAAUACAGGGACUUCAAUAUGAAAUGUAAAAGCAGAAAUAAUUACUCAGAAUUUUGAAUUGUUAAUAACUAUGACAAAAUGAAAAUUCUGAGCAUUAUUUUUCUGAAGUAGUUGAAAAUAUGUUUGAUGCUCUCUCUUCAAAAUUGUGAGCUAGAGAUUAAAAACCACAAGACAAUAAAGUACUCUAUGAGCAAAAAAUGUAAGAGCACCCUGUAAAUCAUUGGCUAAAACCACUUAUAUAGAAGGAAGAGACUUUAACAAUGGCAAGAUUUUCUUUGCGUUUCAUAGCUCUGUGCUUGGGAGCCGUAAUUGGGAUAUAUCAUCUCAGACAAGAAUACCUAAGGUUUGAAACAUCUGACGUUCCCGUACACUCAACAGUCAAAGGAAGUCGAAAUGACAGAGUUGAGUUUGGAACUCAGAUAACUUCGACCAACCCUCCGGCUUCAUAUGCCUCAAAACUUCUUAACAAGGUUUUCCUGGAGACGUGCGACAACACAACAAUAAUUCCCGAUAUGCCAGUAAACCAUAUACCAAUGGGACAACCUGUAGACCCUUACCAAAUUGUACUGCUUGUAUCAUUCAAUAAGUACCAGUAUUAUGAAGCUGUUCCAUAUAUAGAGCUUCUCUACCGGGACUAUUUUCAGAGCAUACUGUAUUGCGGCCCCUCGGAACCCCCGGAGCAUAUGAUAAUUAAUUUCCAGAUGUCAUAUGUCAUGUUUGAACUAGAGAGUGAACGUGAUAUAGGUGGCGCUUAUAUAUAUAAUUGCAUGGUGCAAGCGAUAAAUAAGGGCUACGAUGCGAGGGGCAUUUUAUACAUGUCAGAUGAUGUCAUUUUGAAAGUGGAAUCUAUUAGAGAAUAUAAUUGGAAUGAGAUUUGGUUGGCGGACCACUGGAAAGGACAUAAUGAUAGCGAAACAACUGACUUAUAUUUGGCCAGCUUCGUUGAUCCGUUAAACCAGCCUAAAGAAUGUUACUUAACGGAUGUAACUUUACCGUGCAAUAAAACACUUUCCCAAGGAUGGUUUGCAAAGUUAAAAGGACGGAUUCUGAUGGCGCAAGAUGAACUCUUAGAAAAAUCUAAAAUAGAAACUGAAAGAGAUGAUCAAAUUUUUACAAAUUUUCUGCAAUUUUUAGAGAAACGCUCAGGCGGUAAAAAACGCUUCUUUAAAGCAAUUGCCGACAUUUACUAUCUCCCAAAAGCCUAUUGGAAUCAAUUUCACAAACUAGCCGAAGUAUUCCUUAAACACAAACUAUACAUGGAGAUUGCAGUUCCGACUAUUCUUCAUGGACUAGAGAAACUAAAAAAUCAUCCAACUACUCUCAUUGGAUAUCGACAUCAUGAUCCAAGUGUUGUCAUACCGAUUUUCUUUAACAACACAGAUUGGUAUGCAUGGCACCCAUUUAAACUUGGAUUAUUGCUACAUGGGGAUUCCAACAGAAUUCAAGUAUAUUGUUCUUUGUUUCAUGCUCAUUGGUACAGACAUCCUCGACAUAUUAAAUAGCAUAUACAUUUGUAUAUUAAAGCUGUCUGUUUUCGGUUUUCAAAAUUCUGUUUUUAUAACCCUUAGAGAUUAAAGGUGAUAUUAGGGAGUUUAAGCUUUCAAUGUUUUUCACAACCUAAACAUGAACGAAUAAUAUUCAAACGAUGCAUUUGUAUGGGCAAAUUUGGUCAUACGUAUAGGUUGGCGUUUCUAUUUUAUAUGUAAGCUUAAACUCCCUAUUCUUGCCAUUUUAAUAUCCUUUGAACACAAAACAAUGAAAUGUUGACUCUUUUCCCAUUGCCUACUGCAGCCUAUAUCCCAAAAUAUGCAAAGGACCAUUGAAACUUUAAAAAGAAAUUAAUAUGCGGAUUAAUCCAGAUCAAAGUUCACUUUUCAUCAUUUUAAGUACAGUAGUUUUUAAAAUGGUAAAAGAUUGGAAUAUAUGGUCAAAAAGUCUCCACUAUCAAAAAUAUGAAUGUCAAAAAUCACUUGCAAUACAAUAUAUGGUAUAUUUGUGAUACAACUAAAUGUCAUACUGUUAAUUUUUAACUCAGCAGAUCCAGUCAGGAUAAUCAGCCCCUGAAGCUUAAUGGUCGUUAUACAUUAAUGUGCAAUAAUUCAUUCAGUGUAACAAAAAUAAGAUGUUGAAAACAUAACUGAGAGAAACUGCAACUCCAAGAAAAGUAAAUCCAAGCAAAAUAUUUAUUUUGGGAAUGACCAUAGUGGGAAUAACAAGACAGUGGCAAAAUUAGAGUCAUCAGCCAUGGCCAUUUCCUUAUGAAACAAAUCCCAAACUAGGUGUCUCUAGUACAUUAUAGAACACUCAAUGUUAAGACCAACCUUUAAAGGAUAUAAAGUAAAAACUAAGCACUAAGCAGAGAAGAAAUGUGGGGAUUUAUGGGAAUGGACUCAACUUAAGUAUAGUUAAAUCCCCAAAACAUGAAUCAAAGAACAUUCUAAAAUGUGUGAUCAUUACAGUACUACGACUCCCAAUAUUGUAUAUGUAAAUGCAACUGAUUUCAAUACAUUUUGAAAGCAAAAUUGAACAUGGGAUUGUAAAUUGGAAUAAUGUUCUUAUAUUAUAGCUCUUGGGUAUGUUUAAAGUUGGU